GCACCUUGCAACUGGAAACAGCUACAGUUCUUUGGCAUAUAGUUUUCGUGUUGGGAAAUCUACUGUAGGAGUUGUGGUGCCUGAGACAUGCAAUGCUAUAUGGACAGCUCUUCAGCCGGUAUAUCUAAAAGAGCCAGAGAAAAGUGAUUAUGAGAGAAUAGCUGUAGAAUAUGGCACAGUGUGGGACUUCCCAAAUUGUGUUGGAGCUGUCGAUGGCAAACAUGUUGUCAUUCAGGCUCCAGCACAUGCUGGCUCUACCUAUUUCAAUUACAAAGGGUCACACAGCAUCGUUUUGAUGGCUGCAUGUGAUGCUUCAUAUUUAUUUACAAUGGUGGACAUUGGAAAUUUUGGCAGAAUCAGUGAUGGAGGCAUUUUCUCAGCUUCAAACCUUGGGAAAAAGCUUUCUCGUGAUAAAGAAUUUCUGCCUGGGUACAAAAAGUUACCAAAAAGCUCCAAAUGUCUGCCACAUGUCUUCGUUGGAGAUGAAGCAUUUGGACUGAAAGAAAAUUUCAUGCGUCCAUAUUCAGGCAGAAACUUAAGUAAUUCAAAAAGAAUUGUUCAAUUAUAG